AUGGCCAUUUCACUCGGCGUCCGUCGCUUGAUAGUCUACGGUGACUCAGAUUUGAUGGUCAACCAAGUGAUGAAGGAGUGGGACGUCAGAAACCCCUCCAUGACUGGAUACUGCAAUGGAGUGAGAAAAUUGGAAAAGAAGUUCGAAGGUUUGGAGCUUCACCACAUCCCCCGACUCAAGAAUCAAGCGGUCGAUGAUCUGGUGAAGAUAGGUUCCACUCGGAAACCUAUUCCCAGCAAUGUGUUCCUUGAACAUCUCCAUUCUCCGUCAGUUCAAGAAGAUCCUUUCACUGAAGAGCCUCCUCAGGCGAAAAGUCCCACUGAUCCGACUGAAAUUGAGGUACCAGCAGUUAUUGAUAUGAUUAUGGAAAUCAUUGUGAUCACCCCCGACUGGACAGUGUUGUACAUCACAUAUCUCCUUAGGCAGGAGCUUCUAGAAGAUGAAGUUGAAGCAUGUCAGAUUGUUCGUAGAUCCAAAACUUUCACAGUGAUUAAAGGACAGCUCUACAGAGAGAGUGUUACUGGCGUGGCUCAAUGA